AUGUAUAUUUUCAAAGCCAACUGUUGCAAUAAGACUGCCAAAGAUCAGGAACUCGCUGCAAAAAAUCAGGAGCUUGCUGCCAAGGAUCAUGAACUGAAGUCAGCUCUUGAUCGGAUUGACGUCCUUGAGCGCGAAAAAGAAGACUCGGCAUCAGCGUCGAACUUUGACGGACCCAUCCCACAAGUUUCCCUCGCAACUCUUGUCUCCGUCACGAACAAUUUUGCUGCUGAUUCUCUGCUUGGCGAAGGAGCAUUCGGUCGCGUGUACGGUGCCAAUCUGCCUGGCCCUCAUGUUGCCAUCAAGAAGCUGUCUGCCGAAUCCAAACAAGGCCCUGCCGAAUUCAAGUCGGAACUGGACUCCUUGUCGAAAUUCCGCCACCCGAACAUCAUUUCCAUUCUGUCGUAUGCGGAAGAAGGCGACGAGCGAUGCCUGGUCUACGAAUUCAUGCCGAACGGAUCGGUUCGUGAUCGCUUGAGUCGCAAGAAAGAUACGCCUCCGUUAACUUGGUCUCAGCGUCAUCGGAUUGCGGCUGAUGUCGCCCGCGGCAUGCACUACGUCCAAACAGCUUUCCCUGACCAUGUUCUGUUCCACCUUGACCUCAAGACGGACAAUAUUCUGCUGGAUGAGCAUUUCAACGCAAAAGUGUCUGAUUUUGGCCUCGUUCGUGCAGCCCAACACCUCCAUGAUAAAAGCUACCUGCGUACACAGAACGUGCAGGGCACAGCUGCUUACAUGUGCCCCGAGUUCCUCAUCGAGGGCAGAAUGACCACCAAAACGGACGUCUACUCAUUCGGCAUGAUUCUGCUCGAGAUCAUGACCGCCGCCAAGCCCGGGCCCAGACUGAAAAACGAGAUGCGGAAGGCUGUGAAAAACCAAGCCAUCAAUGGCAUGCUGGAUUCGGCGCUCAAUCCAACCGAGGCAGAGAGUCAGAGCGUCCGCGAGCUUGUUACACUUGCGCUCGAGUGUCUUGACGACGAAUCUGACGAUCGCCCAUCGUUUGGCUGCCUUCUCGCUACGUUGGAUCCCUGA